GGUUUUUUUUUUUUUUUUUUUUUUUUGAAUCUUUCAACUCCUUUCUUUCUUCAAACUCGAGAUUUUAGAUUCCAUUCUCUUUCUCUCUCGAUCCCAACUCCUCAAUUAAGGAUUUUGAAAUGCCUGAUUCUUGAACGAUUCACCGAUUUUCUCACUUGAAGGUAUAGGCAGCGUCGUUUUGAUAUAAAACUGGAGUUAUCAGCAUGUUUGGCUCCAACAUUAGCAGAUUUAAUUUCACAAGUUUUUUCUUUCAUCUGGCUGAAUGGCAUUUGAAAUAGCAGAGCUGAAUAGGGCUUGAGCCCUCUCUAUGCAACUCUUUUAUUUCAGGUUUGAUUUUCUUUCCCCUGUUCUCCUUUGCUUAUUUUUUCAACUUGAUAAAGUUCAGUUGUAGACGAUAACCUUUGUUUUCGCCAGUUUCUGUACCAAAUAUGUCCCUGAAGUGAAAAGAAUAAUGCAAGGCAAAUUGUUUUAUACGCAAGAAAUUCUGACAGAAAUAGCAUUUAUGUACUUCGUGUGUUUUGCCAUCUAACCUUCAUGGUAUAACACUAAUUGAGGAUUUGAUGCAAGAAACUUUUGUAAUAUUUGUUUGUGUUUAUAGCUUACUCUUAUAUAUGAAAACCCCAUUUCAUAUCUUGAGGAUGAUUUUUUUUUUCUCCGUUCUCAGAUAGCAUUUUUAGAUGUGGUUUAUUGCAAUUUGCUUUCUGCUAACUUAUGGGGAAUGUGUUCUUUGCAGAAUUAGGAGUUGAUUUUCAUUUUUGCCUGGUAAUUGUGAUAACGACUUCUAAGUUUGAGCUUUUGAUGUAUCAUAAUAACUAUUCACUUGCUAGAGUGAUGGGCUGUUGUAGUUGCUUAUGGUUCAUCUGGAAGCCCAAACGGAGAACACAACCCAUUUCUGCAGGGAAUCAUCAUCUUUCUCAGGAAUUUCUAUUGGAUGAAGAAAUUGAUGAUGAUUAUGAUGGCUCAUAUAAUGGUGAGACCAGUGAAAAUGCUUUUGAGGAGGAUGGUGAGUUGCCAAACCGUGGCAAAGGUUCAGAAGAAAUUUUAAGGUUUAGGGAACAAAGUGGAAUGAUUUGCAGGCAAUUUCCUGUUAAGGAAACUGAGAAACUUGUUCGCUCAGAGGAUGAGGAUGGUAACAAGAUGAUCAAUGAAUAUGUGCGUGUGUGUAAAAUUGGUGCUGGUAGCUACGGAAAAGUGGUGUUGUAUCAGAGCAGCAUAGAUGGAAAGAAUUAUGCAAUUAAGGCUUUUCAUAAGUCUCAUUUAUUGAAACUGCGGGUUGCACCUUCAGAGACUGCAAUGAGUGAUGUUCUCCGUGAGGUUUUGAUCAUGAAAAUGUUGGACCAUCCUAAUAUUGUCAAUCUCAUCGAGGUGAUUGAUGACCCAAACACAGAUCAUUUCUACAUGGUUCUUGAAUAUGUGGAUGGAAAAUGGGUUUGGGAAGGUUCUGGCCCUCCUGGUGGAAUUGGAGAAAAUACUGCUAGAAAGUACUUGCGGGAUAUUGUAUCGGGUUUAAUGUAUCUCCAUGCCCAUAAUAUAGUGCACGGUGAUAUUAAACCUGAUAAUCUGUUGGUUACUCGUUCGGGCACAGUGAAGAUUGGAGAUUUUAGUGUUAGCCAGGUGUUUGAGGGUGAUAAUGAUGCACUUCGCCGAUCUCCUGGGACGCCUGUUUUUACAGCACCUGAGUGCUGUCUAGAGCUAAACUACCAUGGAAAAGAAGCUGACACAUGGGCAGUGGGAGUGACCUUGUACUGUAUGAUUCUUGGACAGUACCCAUUUCUUGGAGAAACACUGCAGGACACAUAUGAUAAGAUUGUUAAUAACCCCUUGGUGCUUCCAAAUGAAAUGAACCCACAACUAAAGGACUUGCUUGAAGGACUUCUGUGCAAAGACCCAAAGCAGAGGAUGACAUUAGAUUCUGUAGCGAGUCAUAGUUGGGUCACUGGAGAAGAUGGGCCAAUUCCUCUGUAUUUAUGCUGCUGCAAGCGUAAUAGCCUUGGAUUGAAACCUCAAACUCACAUGACCCUUACUGAAUCUGAUGAGACUCCUAACUAAAUUGUUUUUAUUUUCAAAUUUUUUUUCUUCAUGUAUAGUAGGAAACCCUGGAUUCCUUUUUUUUUUUUUUCUUCCUUUUCAAAACUUUUUCCAGUUUUGUGUAGAUGAGAUUGGAGAACAGGUUUGCUCAAAGAUUGAGCUUUGGAAUGAAAAAGAAAGAAAAUGAGAAAUGGAAGGUCUUUGGGAGAAGAUGUCAUGAAUAUUUGUGAAUAUGAUAAUUGAGGUGAGUUUCUGUCUAAAGCAAAGCCUGUGGGUUUUUCUUUC